UAGCUGGAAUGCACUGAGGGUGAAAAGGGGAGAAAAAAAACGUCUCAUCAGUUAGAGGUUUGUGAAAUUAAAUUAGAAACAAAAGCACCUAAUGUAAUACGCUUCAGUAGAUCUGAAGGGCUAGUCAAAUGGACACUGGAAACACUGGAUCAAUAGCCUAUUUAAGUGGGAAUAUGUGAUUGAAAAGUGAUUGCACUCUUGUCUGUUGGGUAUUUUUGUAGGGGACUCAAGCAGGACAUAUGCAGAUGGCCUGUUUUAAUUGGGAUAUUUUGUGCUUGAGUAGUACAAUGUAAUUCAGAAGGGAUUACUAAAAAAAAAAAAAUCGGUGCAGAGUUGACUGUGUUUGUAAAUUUCAGCUACUUGCCACACAGCUUUUGAUGCCUCUUAAUGUGAUUCCUAAGGAGCAUGGGGUCCACCCAAGGGUGAAGAGACUAUAACACAAACCUUCGGUCUGCCUGGCAAUGAGUAAUUAAUGGACGCCUGAUGUAUCUGUAGUCUCUCCAAGCAAAGGAGUUGAUGUCAUCAUGAUUUUCAUGAUAUGAUUUUCCCUCAGGAGAAGCUAUGACUUGGAACGACACCACAAUGGACGGGGAAGAGUUGCUCGGGGAAAGGGACUCCUCCUUUCGGAUCCUUACAGGCUGCUUUCUUUCUUUGCUGAUACUUUCCACGCUUCUGGGGAACACAUUGGUGUGUGCAGCUGUCAUUAGAUUUCGCCAUCUGAGGUCCAAGGUGACCAACUUCUUUGUAAUCUCCUUGGCAGUGUCAGAUCUUUUAGUGGCAGUCUUGGUCAUGCCUUGGAAAGCUGUUGCUGAGAUAGCUGGUUUCUGGCCUUUUGGUUCAUUCUGUAACAUCUGGGUGGCAUUUGAUAUUAUGUGCUCCACGGCCUCAAUCUUAAACCUUUGUGUCAUUAGUGUGGACAGAUACUGGGCCAUCUCUAGUCCAUUCAGGUAUGAGAGGAAAAUGACCCCCAAGGCAGCUUUCAUCAUGAUCAGUGUGGCAUGGACCUUGUCUGUAUUGAUUUCCUUCAUUCCUGUGCAGCUGAACUGGCACAAAGCUACAACCACAAGCUUUUUAGAGCUAAAUGCUAGUUCCCAAGACAUAACCAUGGACAACUGUGAUUCCAGUCUAAACAGGAUGUAUGCCAUCUCCUCUUCUCUAAUUAGCUUUUACAUCCCAGUGGCCAUCAUGAUCGUCACCUAUACAAGGAUAUACAGGAUUGCUCAAAAACAAAUAAGACGCAUCUCGGCUUUGGAAAGAGCAGCAGUGCAUGCUAAGAACUGCCAAAACACUACAGGGAAUGGAAACAGUAUGGAUUGCCAGCAACCAGAAAGCUCCUUUAAAAUGUCCUUCAAGAGGGAAACGAAAGUCUUAAAGACUUUGUCAGUGAUCAUGGGGGUGUUUGUAUGCUGCUGGUUACCCUUUUUCAUAUUGAACUGCAUGGUGCCCUUUUGUGAGCCCAGCCCACCAUCCAAGGGAGCAGAACCCUUUUGCAUUAGUUCCACCACCUUUGAUGUUUUUGUUUGGUUUGGAUGGGCUAAUUCCUCACUGAACCCCAUCAUUUAUGCCUUCAAUGCUGAUUUCCGCAAGGCAUUUUCAACUCUGCUAGGAUGCUACAGACUCUGCCCUACUUCCAACAACGCUAUAGAGACCGUUAGUAUCAACAACAAUGGGGCAGUUGUUUUUUCAAGCCAUCAUGAGCCUAGAGGGUCUAGCCCAAAAGAGUGUAACCUGGUGUAUCUGAUCCCACAUGCUAUUAUCUGCCCAGAAGAAGAACUUCUGAAAAAGGAAGAAGAGGGUGAACUAUCUAAGACCUUGGAGAAAAUGUCUCCAGCACUGUCCGGUAUCUUGGAUUAUGAAGCUGAUGUGUCUUUGGAAAAGAUCAACCCCAUCACUCAGAAUGGGCAACAUAAAACAUGAACACUGAGGUUAGCCCAGCAAAAUCUAAUAGUCAAAAAAGAUAUAUAAGAUUUUUUGGUAAGAAACUAAGCUCUAGUGAGAAUUAUACUGUCACGCAAAGCUCAGAGUUGAUUAUUGGGUGUUCAAAUCAAAGAUAAAAUUUUAAACAAAAAAGAUAUUGAAAACCCAAAGGUAUUUCUGUGUUGUUCAUACUGAAUAAAACAGAGACACAAAUGUAGGUACAAAGCAGUGUCAAAGAAAAUAUUUCUUCUGCUCUAUAAAUAUUUAUAGAAACUGGUUUCUAUCUUAAAAUGGGACAAGAAAAAACCCAUUAACAACUUAACAAUUAACCUUUGAAGAAAAUCAGAGGAUUUAAUUUGCCAUGUAUAGUACUAUUGGGUGCUACCAGGUUCUAAGUAAAGUUUGAGGGAUUAAAAAGGUAGGUAGAUGCCUUCUAAAAUUAUUUCUGAAAAACAACGAGCCUUACAAUGAGAAUGGGUAUUUUUAAAGAUUUGGGAGAUAAUAUGUUGAUAUUGGUUUUAUUUAUUUAUUGUUUAAAAUUGAUAUUUUUCAUAUGUUAUAACAGAUCUAGCUUUAUUUAACUUAUUUAAAAUGUCUAAAUAAUGGGAUAUUUCAAGGGUCUCACAACUGCAUUUUGACCAGUCAACUAGUCAGCACUUUAAUAAUGACCAUUAAAAACAAAAGAAAAAACCCUCUCUGAUAGUCUGGGUAGCCAAUGAAGUAAAUAAAGAAGAAGCAAUCAUAAAAAGCACAGCAAAGGAUGGGGGAGUUAAUGAAGCUGAAGCUGUGUAGAAUUUAUUUAUUUUUUGUGGGAUUGCUUAAAAAAAAUAGGACCAGAGUUGACGGAUUGACAAGCUGAGAAAGCUCUUCCCUUAUAGAAAUAAAAGGAAUUGCUGCUAUUUAUUUUAAAAAGUUUCAUGUUACAAAGACUUUGCUAGAAUGUCAGUUUGUGGAUCUGUAAAUACCUUAAAUAUGAAUACCACCUUAAGAAGAAUCCAAUUUGAGAAGAGAAGCUUCUUAUAUAACAAUCAUUAGUAUAUAAUGUUUUGUAUUUAUGUAAGAUAAACAGCUUUCUCAGACUUUUCUUAUUUCAAGUCUUGGAUAUCUUUUCUGAAUAAACACAAUUGAUUAUAAUGGUAGUAAAUAUGACAAAUCUUUUUACCAUCUGUAUUAUUGCAGAAACACCAGUAGUCAAAAAUCAUGCUGUCUGUCUGCUAAUGUAUCACAGCCAGAAUAACUUAACAAGUGAGGUACUUUAGUGCUUUACUUUGAAAACUAGAAUGACAUUAAUUUUAGUCUUAAAUAUGUUAAUAGUUCAUUGAAUAAUGAAUAGUGCCUCAUUUCCAUUUUGGAUGAAGACAUUUCUAAAUGUCUAUGGAGCUUCAAUCCCCAUUUCCAGAUGUCUUGUGAGCUCCAUAAAAUUUGCCAAUGUUUAUUUUGACAACUGUUACUUUUUCAUUGUACUCUGAAAUCAAAAUCCCUGCCUCUUUUCCUUUGUAAUGUCAAAAGCAGUCAGUAAACAUUAGCAACAGUCAUCGGCAGGCAUUCCUAUACGGACACAUUCCAAGAGAGCCAUUUGUUUUUGGAAUGUUAGCAAAAUAUCCUUCUGAGAAACUCUUCACAACCUUUAUCAAAAAGUGUUAUCAGGAAAAGAAAACCGAGAGAAAAAUUAGAAGUCUAAUGAAAUAUAUACAUCCUGCAUCAGGUCUGUGUUAUUUAUGUAUUGUGAAUGUUUUCAUAAUUUUAUUGCCUGUAUGCUGCUUUCAUACAUAUAAUAAAAUUAUUUUGUGAACAGAAGG